AUGUCAAAAAUAAGUAAAAGAGGGGAAAUAUACUUUAAUGGAUUUUUAAAAUAUUCUAAAAAGAAACAGAAAAAAAAAUCUCUUGGAAAUGAGGAUGUUGGAAAAAUAAAAGAUAUAAAGAAAACAAAAAUAUCAGAUAACCUCAAAGAUAUAAAUUCUUCAUAUAGUUUAGAUGAGAAAAGAAACGAAAGUAUAAAUAUGGUAUCAAAAAAAAAAAAAAAAUAUAAAAAUAAUGAAGAGAAUGAAAAAAAAAAUAAUGAUAUAAUAAUUAAUGAUUCGAAAAAAAAUACGAAUGUAAAAUCUAAUAAAAACGUUUUAAAAAAAAAAUUGUUGAAAAAAAGUUUUACACCAAAUUUUGAGAAUAAAACAGGUUCUAUUGUUAAUAAUAUUAUUUGUGAUGCAGAUCCUUCAAAUCGCGAUAAAAAUAAUAAUACGUUAAAAAAGGAAAUAAAACGAAAAACAACAAACAUACAAAAAAAGAAGACAAAUAAUAUAUUAAAGUUAUCAAAUUCAUCAAGGAAAAGGAGUAAUGGUUUAAAAAAAAGAAAUUUAAAUAGUAAUAAUAGUUCAUCGUAUCUUAAUAACAGUUAUGGUAAUUUCUCCUACUUUACAGACUAUAAUAAUUAUAGCAUUCGAAAUUCUUCUUAUGAUAUGAGUUCUUCUCAUAGAAAAAACAAAAACAAUACAAAAAGAGUAUGUGUAAAAUAUAAAUAUGAAUUACCAACUAUAGCUUCUUUAGGAAAAGUAAAGAAAUUAGAUUACUUAGGAUUAACCAUUGAUGAUGUAGAAUUAAAUAAAAAAUCGAAAAAACUUUUAUAUAAUUUAUCUAAUUUAUACUUUGGAAAUAGUAAACUUCAAAAUAGUCUAUAUUGCAAUAAAAAUUCUAGUCAUGGAGGAAAGAAAAAAAAAAAAAAAAAAAAAUUAUAA